GCUGGCUGCUGGAGGAAGGGGAGGAGUAAGACUAGUAUAGUGCUGUCCCACUAAUAUUGUUUAUUUAUUUGACUGGGAUUCCCUCUGCAGAAUUGAUUUUGUCUGGGGAACACAGCAGAAGAGCUCUGAUCUGAGAAGAAGAGGAAGCAGCCAGAGGUAGUAUUUCUUUUGGCUUUGCUGUCUUCCCAUUGCGGUUACUUGUUAGCCAGAUCCCUGCUGCAACAUUGGAGAUCUUCGAAAUGAUACAAUAAAUAAGAAGGGGUGGGAUCGGGGCUAAUGCACGCAUGCAGGAGGUGUGGGGAGGGAGGCUGCUCUGCAGGAUCUGUCAUGACGAUUGCUAGCUAGAGGGAGGAGAGGAGGAAACACUGUACAGACAGGAGGAUUGUGUGGACAAACCAGACCCCGGACACACAAUCUGCUCAUGGAAGUGCCAUGUGCGAAACCCUCUGCAGAGCUCCAGAAUUACUGUCACAUGUUCCUUCUUUAAAUGUACACUUUGUGCAUUUCUUAGCUACUCCAUGGAUAAGCAUAUCCCAUUAUAACCUGCCCCUGCAUGGGCUCCAACAAGCCAGCCUUCAGGUCCAAGGUUGCACUUCUAAGGAUAAGCCACAAAGGGGCGUCUUUCUGUUGAAUUGGAAGGAACACUGUACUGUUUUUUGACCCCUUUUGUUGUAUUUUUCUCUGUUAAUUCUAGGAUAUACAUUAUUAUUAUUAAUCACCAAAGCUCACUUAAUAUUAUCUAGUGUUGAAUUCUGAGAAAGCAAUGGAGAGACGAAGUUCAGCAGAUCAAUGCCACCCUCUCUUGGACGAUCACCCACUGUUGGAGGCGCCACCUAUGCAAGACAAAUCUGUGAAGGGUGAGAAAAGGUUCCGUCUGUGGUAUGUCGGUUGGUCAUCCCUAGACCGGCGAACCACGUUGCCCAUGUUGCCAUGGCUCGUGGCGGAGAUUCGUAGACGGGCAGAGAGACAGGACCCAACUGGAUGUGCAACGCCAUGCAGAGAAGUACAGCUGUUGCUGGUUGCCCCUCACCUGCGAUGUGUGCCCGCUUUGAAUGGCGCCAGUGCCAACACUGCAGUUUUUAUUUUUGAACAUAAAGCGCAGCACAUUGCCCGCUUCAUACAUAAUACCCAGGAUCCAACUUAUUUUGCCUAUUUGAUUAAGACACAGCCUGACAACCCUGAAUCAGAAAUGGUUUGCCAUGUGUUCAAGGCAACUGACCCUGGCCAGGUUUCUAACGUGAUCUCUAGCAUACGGCAGAUCUCCAAAGUUUCCCUAAAAGAGGAUUCUAAACCUAACAAAGACAACGAAGAUGCCUUUUAUAACUCACAAAAAUUUGAAGUUCUAUACUGUGGGAAAGUUGUAAUUGCCCAUAAAAAAGUCCCCUCUACACUUGUUGAUGACUGUAUUGAGAAAUUCAGCCUGCAUGAACGCCAGCGUCUGAAACGGCUGAGCAAGCAGCAGAGUUCAGAUUGCACAAGUGACUUUUCUUUGGCCGAGACCGAUAUCCCGAUUUCCCCAUCUGAUAACCCAUUUCUGGAGCAGGACACAGAAGAGGAUUGCGGGUCUUCUUCUGGAGGUCAUUCUGCUAUAUUCACAGUUGGCAGUCAGAGCAACCUGGCUUGUCCUAGGGUGACAUUCCCUGAAAGGAUUUUAGAAGACAGUGGAUUUGAAGACCAGCAGGAGUUUAGGUCUCGUUGCAGUAGUGUCACUAUCCAGAAAAGAGUGAAUGAUGGAAAAAUACAGCCAAGAAGGAGGCAUGCAAGUGCGCCAAGCCAUGUACAACCGUCAGACUCCGAAAAGAACAGAACAAUGCUGUUUCAGGUUGGGCGAUUUGAAAUUAAUCUCAUUAGUCCUGAUACGAAAAGUGUGGUGCUUGAAAAGGACUUCAAAGAUAUAUCAUCAUGCUCUCAGGGUAUUAAACACAUUGAUCAUUUUGGGUUUGUCUGCCGUGAAUGUUUGGAGCCCGGGAUAAACCAGUAUAUUUGCUAUGUAUUUCAAUGUGCCUCAGAAGCUUUGGUUGAUGAAGUCAUGCUUACUCUGAAGCAAGCAUUCAGCACUGCUGCUGCCCUCCAGAAUGCCAAGACUCAGGUGAAGCUGUGUGAGGCUUGCCCCAUGCAUGCAUUACACAAACUCUGUGAAAGAAUCGAAGGUCUUUACCCACCAAGAGCCAAGCUUGUUAUACAGAGGCAACUGUCGAUGUUGUCAGAUAAUGAACAAGCAGAUAUCUUUGAACGUGUCCAGAAAAUGAAGGCAGUCAGUGAUCAAGAGGAAAAUGAACUGGCCAUCCUUCAUCUGAGGCAGCUUUGCGAGGCCAAACAAAAAACCCAUGUUCACAUAGGAGAAAUGCAGCCAACUCUAUCAAGCAGCACAAUUACAGAGAAUGCAGCUCCCAGUGGUAGAUUCAAACUCGAUGUCCUGAAAAACAAGGCUAAGCAAUCCUUGACCAACUCACUGGAAAAUAUCUUUUCAAGGGGAGCAAGCAGAAUGAGAGGCCGGCUGGGCAGUAUGGACAGCUUUGAUCGUUGCAAUAGUUUUACUUCUGACAAGGACGGUUCACCUGGGGAGUCACCACCGGCCACUCCACCAUCAUCUCCUGUGUCCUCUGCUUGGCAAUCAUUUCAAGAAGAAGACCCAGACUCUCCUCAGUUGCGCAGAAGAGCUCACACUUUCAGUCACCCACCAUCCAAUGCCAAGAGAAGGGUAACGUUACCAGAUGCAAAGUCCUCCAGCUCCCGAUCUCUUCUGCAGAGGCAGAACUCUGUAACUUUUGAUGGGGUGCAUAGCAGCCCUGUUCCAAUUCUCCGACGCAUUCGUAGUGCGAGUGAGUCUUCGUCCUCCAGUCUCCCCUCAUCUUUUACUGCCCCUUCUUUCCUGAAAAGCUUUUACCAGAGUUCAGGGAGACUCACCCCACAAACUGAAUACGAUAACCCGAAGAGUGAAUGUGAAGGGAGAAAGAGAACGCUCUCUACAUGCAGUAACGAGUCCCUAAAUGCUAGUGCUGGACCUGUCACCCCUCGUCGAAUCUCGUGGAGGCAGCGAAUCUUCCUCAGGGUUGCUUCACCAAUGACCAAAUCUCCCUCAGAUAUGCAACAUAAAGAUCAUUUAGAUGGGAGUGAUUUGCUGCCACUGUCACCUCUUCCUACUACUAUGGAAGAAGACCCUUUGGCUUCCGUUCUUCAAGAGGAAAAUGCUUUGGUUGACACUGAUGGGAAACGAAAUUCUGAAGACCUUCAGAGAUUGUGGAGGAAAGCAAUCCAUCAACAGAUCUUAUUACUGAGGAUGGAGAAGGAGAACUUGAAGCUUGAAGCCAGCAGGGAUGAGCUUCAAUCAAGAAAAGCGAAAUUGGAUUACGAGGAUGUUGCAGCAUGCCAAAAAGAAGUAUCAAAUCUCUGGGAUAAGAAGUUAAACUGCAGAACAAAAAUCCGUUUUGACAUGGAGGAGAUCUAUGCAACCCUUAAAGAAGGUGUCCCUAAAGGCAAGCGAGGUGAGAUAUGGCAGUUCCUUUCCGUGCAGUAUCGUCUACGGCAUCGACUUCCUAACAAACAGACGCCAUCAGAUGUGUCAUACAGUGAACUCCUAAAACAGCUGACAGCUCAACAACACGCCAUCCUCGUUGAUCUGGGAAGGACUUUUCCAACACAUCCCUACUUUUCCGCACAGCUGGGAGCAGGCCAGUUAUCACUGUAUAACCUUCUCAAAGCAUAUUCGCUUUUAGACCAGGAAGUUGGCUAUUGCCAGGGAAUCAGCUUUGUGGCUGGGGUUCUUCUUUUGCACAUGAGUGAGCGGCAAGCCUUUGAAAUGUUGAAAUUCCUCAUGUACGACCUUGGUUUUCGAAAGCAGUACAGACCAGAUAUGAUUUCACUACAGAUUCAAAUGUACCAACUUUCCCGUCUUCUCCAUGACUACCAUAGGGAUCUCUAUAAUCACCUGGAGGAAAACGAAAUCAGCCCCAGCCUCUAUGCAGCACCCUGGUUUUUAACAUUGUUUGCCUCGCAAUUUCCUCUUGGCUUUGUAGCCAGAGUUUUUGAUAUCAUUUUUGUACAAGGAACUGAAGUCAUCUUCAAAGUAGCCCUCAGUCUGCUCAGUAAUAAUGAAGAACAAAUUAUGGCAUGUGAAAGUUUUGAAAGCAUUGUAGAUUUCCUGAAGAUCAGUAUACCUGAUAUGACAAAAGCUACGAUGGAAAGAAUUAUCACCCAGGUGUUUGAGAUGGAUAUAUCCAAGCAGCUUCAUGCUUAUGAGGUUGAGUACCACGUACUUAAUGAUGAGAUGCUGGAAGCUUCCAAUCCUAGUGAUGAUGCAGAAUCAUUCCAGAAGCUUGAGAAGGCAAACCACCAGCUAAAGAGACAAAACAUGGACUUACUGGAAAAGCUGCAGGUAGCCCACACGAAGAUCCAGAACCUGGAAUCCAAUGUGGAAAACAUUCUCUCCAGGGAAAACAAAAUGAGAAAUCUAAUCCGAUCUCUGGAACAAGAAAAAGCAGCUUAUCAGAAGAUUGUGGAGCAGAUGAGGAGAUAUGUACCCCUUAAUGUACUGACAGACUGUGAACUUUUACUUAAAGAUGUCAACUGUAGCCCAAACAACAAAACAAAGCCAGCAAAUAAGCAAUAAGUGCAAACUAAUGCUGUUUGGAUGCACAGCAAAAGUAUUUUUUUUUUCUUUUGAAAACCAAAACAAAGACGACUAAAAAGUGCAUUGAUGGAGGACAGGCUGCUAAGUGCCAACCUGGCAUUUACUUUGAACCUGCCUAUUACACUACUAUUACUCCUAAAGAGGCCCCGGGGCCUGGUGUUACAUUAUCACUCAGCAAAUAUGUGCAGUGACAUUGGGAACAUUCCCCAAAUUAUCUUAAUAUGCAAGCUCUUGACAUUUUCAUAUAUCUAUAAAAUCUUAAAGGGAAAUGCAUUUUUUAAAAUUAAACGGUCAUCGGAAUUUACCAGUAAGAACCUAGCCAUUGUUCAAGUUUUCCUCAAAUUUCAACCAUUUUGUCUUUGUCGAGUGAAUCUAUAUACAUAGGAGUUAUACUUGAAAAAUGAACAUAGUUUUCCAAAGAACAGCAUGUUUAACAUGUCUGAUGAGAGAAACCUGUAUAAAACUUUAUUUUGUGCCUGUCAUUGCUUCUACUGACAUUGUCUGAUACAUUUGUAUUACUUUGUAAAACAAUCACUACAUGACUUUGAAGACGGGACAAUGUACCAGCUGUAUGGUAGGUUCCAUGGAUCUCAUAUCUUAUAUUUGUAGAGGAAAUACAAUUUCUAAUCUGUUGUCCAAUUGCAAUCAGCCCAUAAAAAGGAAAAUUAGGAUGAAAAUAUUUUCUUAUUUAAAUGCAACUUAAUGAAAAGGAAAUUGAUAGAUAAUAUUUAGAAGGGUAUAGGUUAAGAUGUGUGCCAUUUUCAUUUUCUCAAGUCAGUCGAUGAUUGAGCCGUAAUGAUCUUGCCCAGAAUGCAGUGCACAAGCCACAAACCAUACUGUUAAAUGUAUACAACAAAUAAAGAUUCCUCCAGUUGGCGUAAUAUCAAUAAUUCCCAUUGGCCGCAAUUGGUAAUAAAUACUGAAGAAGAAUGUCCAAUAUUUCGUAAAGGGUUAUCAUGUAGGGGUUCAACAUUGAGUUUAAGGAAAUAAACUAUCUAAAAAUGUAUAUAAAAACAUAGAAGGAUGCAUGUGAAAGGGCUACAAAUGGCAGUAAUAUUGAGCUUCUGAGACUUGGGAGUAUUUUAAGAUUUACCUUUUUGUGUUUGUCCCAUGGGACAUUGCAUAUAGUAAACUUAACAGCCACGAGCAAAUUUAAUUAUACCAUUUUAAUUUGAAUUAUGUAUUUAAAUGUGGGUUUUGUGGUAACUACUGCCUUAUUUCUUUUUUUUUUUUUUAAGACAAAUGUUGUUGAUGAAAUAACAGGUUUGGUCGACAUAAUGGGGUGGCUUCCAUCCAGAAGAGAUAAGAAUAUACGAUAACUUGUCAAAUCAGUUAAUACAUUAUGAUAUGUCUUUUUUAUUUUACCGUAGGUUUACCAGUGAAUUUGAGCAUUUUACACUAGUUGAUGUAACACUGUGUAAGUAAUGAUUUAUAGUAUAUUAGAGAGGUUUCUAUUUUUAAGUGCUGUCUUAUAGGAGAAAGCCGCAUCAUCUUAAUCUUUAA